CCGGUGGGACCCGCCGCUCGUCGCUCCGCGUGUCCCGGCACAGCCCAGCCCGGCCCGGCCAUGCCGCUGCCCCGCGUCCCGCUGCGCGCCGCGCUGCUGCUCGGCCUCCUCCUGCGAGCCGCCGCCGCCGAGUCGGUGAGAGAAACUGAAACCAUGGAUGCUGGAUGGCUUGACUACCCUGCCUCUGGGGACUUGCCAGAUGAUGAAGACAUUGGUGAUUUCAGGCCUCACUUAACCUCUGAUGGCUUAGAUAUAGAUGAGACAUCUGGGUCAGGAGACUACCCAGACUCUGAAGAUGGCUUGUAUCUGACCACCAUGGAUACCCCUGCGAUAUCUGACAACUAUAUCCCUGGAGAUACUGGGAGAAAGAUAGAAGGUGAGAAGAAAAACACAAUGGUGGACAAUGAAAUCAUUCCAGACAAAGCUGUACCUAUCGAAGAGAACCUGUCCAACAAGAUCUCCAUGGCAAGCACAGCCAACAGCAGCAUCUUUGAAAGAACAGAAGUCCUUACAGCUCUCAUUGCAGGAGGAGCAGUGGGUCUCCUGUUUGCCAUCUUCCUGAUCCUGCUCUUGGUCUAUCGCAUGAAGAAGAAGGACGAGGGCAGUUACGACCUGGGGAAGAAACCCAUCUACAAGAAAGCCCCCACAAACGAGUUCUAUGCCUAAAGCUCAGCAGCACCUUGUGCCCAUCAAAGGACAAGCAGACUGUAUGGAAACACUGUGCCCUCAGAUGAGAUGUGCUGAACAAAUGCUUUUUUUUAUUUUUUGGAUUGAAUUUCAAAGUGACUUUGAGAAAAAACAAACUUCCUUCGUGACCCUUCCCAUCCCGCUCAGCUAACAAGGGCCCAAUGAAAUACAAAGAGUCUGAAAAAAAAACCUCAGUGUAUUUUUUUUCUAAGUUAGUGUAAAAGGAAUAAAGAUGCCAAAUUUUCUGCUUGGUUUUAUAGAGGGUAUAUAAACACAAACCAGACUGUAUGGAAGCAAACACCAUGUGUUUGCAUCCAGCGUGCUGUGCUGGGAUUGGCUGCUUCUAUAGAAGAUGGCUUUUUUUAUAAAUCUUGCUACUAGAUGUCUUGCAGCAGGCUGUUGAUGUGAAACAUUUUUGUGGAGAACUAUUUAUGAAUCUCUUACACUACCGAUAAUGUUGCCUUAUCAGGGAGUAAAAGGCCCACAAGGGCUCAAUAUCCCUGAAUGCCAUAAAGGGCCUAUGAGAAUAUCUUCCCCAGGAGACUUCUGUCUCUUCCUGUUGGCCCCAGGCAAGGGUCAUUAGUCCAUGAAAUCAGGACAGCCAGUGGUGUUUGGCUAUGGCAACACCCUUUCCUUGCCUGCAGUCUCUUACCUUUUUUUAAGGAUUGCUUGUAGGAUUUUUUGUAACAAAAUUUAAAAGAAAAUAGCCUAAUGUUUAUAUAAAGUUUGUAGAAAUUGUUUUGAAAUAAUAAAAAAAAUCUACUUUUUUAAUUUCCUCAGAUUUAUUUUUUCAAUCCCUUUGUGUUUCCUUUGGCCGGGCAUUUCUCUAGAGAUGCUGUUUUAUAUGAUUUAUAUUCUGAACUGAAGCAGCGUUAGCUACAGAGUGUUACAGGUUUCUUCUAGUUCUACAGCAGCUACUAUAGAGGGUAAAUAUAUUUAUGGUUUUCUCAUAACUUUUCUAGGAUUUUUUAAAAUAGAAUUAUUUAUAGUUUCUGAAAUGGCUGCUUUCUCAUUUGGUAACUUUUAUCCUUUUUAUGUAAAACACUAAUAUAAUGAGUCUCUGUGAAAACUA